CAGAGCGCGUUGAACGGAAAGGAAAGACGAGGGGUCGGCUGCACCACAAGCUACAUUUCUGCUCAUUUCAUCUCAAAAUAACUAAAAAUAAAGCAAGUAGCAGUGGUUUGGAUGUGUCAAUAAGGUGCUUUCUUUCUCUGAGGUCCAGCAGUGCAGCCGGUUGCCAUGGCGUCUCCAGGGGGACAAGGAGGAGGAGCUCUGUCUACGAGAGGAGGCGGCGGAGCCCGGAGGAUGAAGUGGGCUCUGGAGCUGGGCCUGGGCAACACCAGGAGUCGCGGUGACCGACAGGGCGGUCAGGGAGAUGUCGUUUACCCCAUCGGCUACUCUGAGAAACCCGUCCCCGACACCAGCAUCCAGGAGACGGACAAGAACCUGGUGGAGAAGCGCUGUUGGGACGUGGCCCUCGGGCCCCUGAAACAGAUCCCCAUGAACCUGUUCAUCAUGUACAUGUCGGGCAACACCAUCUCCAUCUUCCCCAUCAUGAUGGUCUGCAUGAUGGCCUGGAGGCCCAUACAGGCGCUCAUGUCCAUGUCCGCCACCUUUAAGCUGUUGGAGAGCUCCAGUCAGCAGUGGCUUCAGGGUCUCGUCUACCUGGUCGGUAACCUGCUGGGCUCGGCGCUGGCCAUCUACAAGUGUCAGUCGAUGGGACUGCUCCCGACGCACUCGUCUGAUUGGCUGGCUUUCAUAGAACCGCCUCAGAGGAUGGAGAUCAUGGGUGGCGGGAUGGUGUUGUGAAGAGGACGCAGCGUGCACAUUAUUAGAUUCAGAUAUUUACAGAGGUUAUAUACUGUACAGUCUUCUUCUGCUCCUGUCCACGACAACACGUCGCAACACGUCUGUUAAAUCAGCAGCAGGGUGGGCGGCGCAGCUCUCUGCCACACACACACACACACACACACGUUUUGUUUGCCUUCCUUUGACAGAAAACAUUAAUGUUUCAUUUUUUUAUGCUGCUGCCUUGCUUCAUGUUUUUUUGACCUCUGUUGUUCCCCAUUCGACUUUUAAUAAAGGUUUAAAAGCCAGCAGGUCAUCAUGUUGAACUACUGUAGUUUUAUUUCUAGUUAAACAACAAUAAGAAACUAUUUAUAAAGUAAUUAGAAUACCCAGUUUUGGGGGGUUACCAUCAUUAUAACAGAACUUUAUCCAACUAUGUGAAGCAUUUUGUCAGAACAGUAAGUCUCAUUAGGUUUUUUUCUUCUUUUUUUUGAUCAGUUUGUAGAGACAAACAUCAUUUUCAGCAUGCACACCUGCAACAUUUACUCACCUGUUUUAAUUUAUGAGUCUGUAUAAUUUAUACUGAUUUGCUUAAUGAAAAUGUUCUGUAAAAUAAAUCCUUAUCGGCCGAAAAAA